AUAGGUCUAUUAAAAGAGAAGUGAAGGCAAUGGAAGCCAUUAAUAAUGUUUCAACUAAGAAGGAAGUCAACAAGGGAGCAUGGACAGCUGAGGAAGACAGAAAACUGGCUGAGGUUAUUGCAAUCCAUGGUGCUAAAAGGUGGAAGACAAUUGCAACUAAAGCAGGUCUUAACCGAUGUGGCAAGAGUUGCAGGCUAAGAUGGUUGAAUUACUUGAGGCCUGACAUCAAGAGAGGAAACAUAUCAGACCAAGAAGAGGAUUUGAUACUUAGGCUCCACAAACUACUUGGAAACAGGUGGUCUUUGAUAGCCGGAAGAUUACCGGGGCGAACAGAUAAUGAGAUAAAGAACUAUUGGAAUUCUCAUUUGAGCAAGAAGUUAAGGCAGAAGGAGAAGCAAAGUGGAGCUGCAACAAGAGAUGGCUAUAGUGUUCAGGAAAAUAGGGAGGAAGAGAAAGUCAAUGAAGAAAUGAGUGGAGAGGAGAAUACAUCUAAAGGAGUUGAUGACUCAAAAAGUGACUUUGAUGUAGAUGAGUUCUUUGAUUUCUCUAAUGAGACUACUUUCAAUUUAGAGUGGGUUAGCCAAUUCCUUGAACUUGAUCAGGGCUUCAGUGAUGUUUCAUAAACUGCCUGACCUUUUUUUUCUCUUCAUAAAUUUGGUGCAGUUCAUGCUAA